UUUCAGUAGCAGGAAGACAGGAACACACAACUUUGACCUCAUGUGAGUUGCAUCAGGUUUUGACUGGAAGUAGAUGGCAUUCCUGUGGGAGGAUUAUUUGACAACACACGAGGGCUUUUAUAUUGACAUUUCUGAGCGGAAGUGGUCUCGCGAAUUUUCGCAACCUUGACAGUAGGUGAAGUUCCGUCAACUGCAGCGAAAUGGAGUGUCAAUGUGAGAAGGAGGAUGCCAUUACAGACUGGUGGCAGAACAGCAACAGCAUCCAGAUGGGAGCUUUCACUGUAGUGGGGUAUCUUCUCUACAGAUUCUCACAGACACUCCCAGCUUUGAUCCGAUGGCCAAUUCGUCUGUUCUGCACUCUAACUGGUCUGUCAACUCUUUGGAGCUGGGUGAGCCGCCUAGUGGGAACCCUUCGAGUAAUCCAGAGCCUGUUUAAGUGGAUGUCUCGACUUUGGCGGGUUAUCAUAGGAUUUUCCUCCAAGUUCAAGUGGCUAGUUGCUGUCAUCAAAGCAAUCACAGGGUCAGAGAUUGAUCCGACCGACAGCCACAACAAACCAGGCCUGAGGUUGAUCCUCCUGGGCCCCACUGGUGGAGGACGGACCUCUCUGGCAGAUACUUUGUUGGGCGAUAGUGAGACAAAGGCGCCCAUGGGUCCCCUAAUGGAGAGCACCAGGAGAAGGACUGUAAUAGAGGGUAGAGAGGUUAGAGUGAUCGACACACCAGAUCUUUUGGGGCCGUCAUUGGAGAACAACAAGAGAGCCAGGGAAGCUAUGAGGAGCCUUCAGCUGGCCAGCCCUGGACCACACGCCUUCCUGCUGGUGAUCCAAGCUCCGGGCUCCAGCAUGGGUAUCAACCAGGAUGCGGCUCAGGCGAUCAGAGUCACCCUUGGACUGUUUGGAGACGAGGCGGUGGGGUACAUCAUCCCAGUGCUCACUCAUGCAGACCGUCUGGGGCAAAUGCAUACUGUAGAUGAGCUGCUGGAUGUGGACAAUGGGGGUCUGAGAAAAGCUCUGUCUCUAUGCGAGCAGAGGCCAGAGCUUGUGGACAACAGGCCAGACUGCCCCCUGGAGGCUCAGAGUGUGAUCCUCAGGCAGCUGGUAGGGCGUGUGGUGGAGAUGAAGACACUAAGGGGGCAUUUUGUCCACGAGCUGCAGAGGAGGGAGGACUGCAUGAGGGAGGAGCUGCUAGCUGACAUGGCUUCUGCACUGGCUAGAAAACUGGGACGCAUGUAAAUAAAAGAGGGAGAUGGCGAGAUGGUGUUGUUGGUGGGUGUGUGACAGAGUUGUUGGGGUAGUGAAAAAAUAAGGAGACAACAUUCAUUUAAGUGUUGAAAAUGCAAUUUCGAGUUUUGGGUGCCAGCAUGAUUCUUUGCCUGAGGUAUUUUUGUCACUCUGCUGGUUUACCACUGUCCAAAUGAAUUUACUACCACUGGCCGCCUUGUGGUUUUCAACAUGCCACAGAUACUUUUGGUUAGAUAUCGUGCUCACACAUUCUUAAUUUUCCCAUUCUGUUGCAGUUCGCUGUUUAUUCCUUUGUAUGUAUUGUAUUGUAUUGUAUUUGUAUUACUCUGCUCCAGUGCUUAGCCCUCCCCUAUCUUUCAUAAUUUAUAAGAGACAUCAAACUUUAAAGAUUAUCAGGGGAAAUAAACUCAAGUCAUACAGGGACCAGAGUUCAGUAGUGCUGCUCAAUGUACUCUUUGUUGCCUCCAGAAGCCUCUGAAACAGCAUUUAAACCAAAAUAAAAUAUAUAAAUAUGAAAACGCUCAAAUUUAACUGCAGGUUUUAGAGAUUGUAUUUAUGUAGCUGUCAUAAGUCUUCAUCAUAUAACAGAUGACAAGUUAUAUAAAAUAUGAUAAUAUCAAUAAAUUCAUAUGUCUCUUUAA